AUGAUUUAUCCUCCCUUUGACGAAUUCCCGUCUUUGACGGCCCCGGCCACCACCUCUUCGGUGGCGCCGAUCCCCACUGUGAUCCCCGGAUCCGAGACCUGGCAGGAGAUCCACCAUGUGGGCAUGCGGACUCUCUGGGUUGUGACUGUGUUGAUGGGCAUUUCCUCGCUGGUGUUCUACCUCCUGGCAGCUCGCUCUCCUUUGCCCAAACGAAUCUUCCACAUCCUAACCUCCAUAACAACAACAAUCUCCUUCAUAGUCUAUCUGGCCCUGGCCACAAAAAUCGGAAGCGAUUACAGCUACAACAGAAUCCACGAAAGGCACAAGCACGUCCCAGACACAACAACAAUAAUCUUCCGCCAGAUCCUCUGGCUCCGCUACCUAAAUUGGGCCCUAACAACCCCUCUCCUCUUCAUAAACUUCGCCCUCAUCUCAGGCCUCCCAGGGGCAAACCUCCUCCUGGCCAUAGUCGCCGACCUGGUCAUGCUCUCAGCCGGACUCCUCGGUUCAUACGCAAAUCACAGCCGCGAGCGCUGGGUCUGGCUUACUAUCUCGUGUAUCGCUUACCUGGUUGUGAUCCACCAUGUCGUAUUCCACGCACAGAGAGCAGCCAGGGUGAAGGAUGCGAGCACGAGACGGUUCUUCGGGGCUCUUUCUGGUUCGGCGAUUGUUGCGUUGGCUUUGUUCCCUAUCACCAUCGCGGCUGGACCUCUCGCUCUCAAGCUUAGCGUCGAUACGGAGACUAUCCUCUUUGCCGUUCUGGAUAUCUUUACUCAGGGAAUUCUUGGGUACUGGCUUCUUUUGGCGCAUGAUAGUUCGCCUGAAAUUACCCUGUACUUGGACGGAUUCUGGUCCCGUGGUAUUGGCAACGAAGGCGCCAUUCGUAUCGAGGAAGAGGGUGCUUAA